GUACAAGAGAGAGUAGGAGAGAAGAGGUAUAAAACCCAAAAUAUACUCUACACUAUUUCAGGAUAUUCCAACUAUACCCUCCGAAUAUUCCCUCUUAACGGUUUAUAUUACACUCUUCUCUUUCCCUUUUCAUCCUCCUCCUUACACAUUCUCUUUCUCAAUUUUCUUUCUUUCCAUUUUCUAACACAUUCAAAUUUAAUUCUUUUUUAAUAAACAUUUAAUUUCCGUUUCUCUGAAAACGAAACGCCAUGAAAUUCGGUAAGAGCCUCAGCAGCCAGAUCGAGAAAACUCUACCGGAAUGGCGCGACAAGUUUCUUUCAUACAAAGAACUCAAGAAGAAGCUUAAGAACUUGGAACCAGCCGCCGCCGGAGAGGACCGUCCCGCGAAACGACUUAGGGUUGAUUCCGGCGGUGGUACUUCCGCCGCUGAUGCCGGAGAAAUUCCGAAGGAGGAGAGUGACUUUAGAAACUUGUUGGAGAAUGAACUCGAGAAAUUUAACAACUUCUUCGUUGAGAAGGAGGAAGAGUACAUUAUUAGGCUCAAGGAGUUGAGAGAUAGAGUGGCCAAAGUAAAGGAUUAUAGUGAAGAGAUGAUGAAAAUUCGGAAAGAAAUUGUGGAUUUCCAUGGAGAAAUGGUUUUGCUGGAGAAUUACAGUGCCCUGAAUUACACAGGACUAGUGAAAAUACUGAAAAAAUACGACAAGAGAACCGGUGCACUCAUUCGUUUGCCCUUCAUUCAGAAUGUUUUGCAACAACCUUUUUUCACCACCGACAUGAUAUACAAGCUUGUAAAAGAGUGUGAAACAAUGCUGGACUACCUUUUUCCUGUCAAUGUUCCUCCCGCCGUUGGUGAGAUAAUCCCCGAAGCUGAAGGAUGCGAUCCUUCAACUUCAACCACUACCGAGAGUGAUGGUUUGCUGAUACCUAAGGAGUUAGAGGAGAUUGAGUACAUGGAGAGCCUUUAUAUGAAGAGUACCAUAUCAGCUUUGCAUGUUUUGAAGGAAAUUAGAAGCGGAAGCUCGACGGUAAGCAUGUUUUCGUUGCCACCGUUACAAUUGAAUGGAUUGGAAGAAACAUGGAAGAAAGCCACAGUUCUUGAACAAGCAGCCAAGUAACCUGCUGGGUUACAUUGAGGCAAUGCGUGUUGUUGGAUGGCUAUUUAUACGCUUUGUUUUGUCUUUUUAAUUGGAUGCCUCUGUUAUAGAUACUAACAGUGAUGUAAAAUGCUAAAUGUAAAGAUGGGAAUUAGUUUUAUAGAAAUAUAUAGGUUCCAUGUAAUAAAAACCUCUGGAAUUCAAAGAAGUUAUGUUUUGACAA